UCUCAGUUCUCAGUCUCUCAACCUGUCCUGCCUGGUUAGCACCACUCUCCUAACAAUCUCAAUUCUCGAGUUUGAAUCUCCCUUGUCCGGGUCGUCUCCACCACUCUUUAUUCUUCUUCUUCUUCCACGUAUAUAAAUUGCCACUCUUGCAGCAGAAAUGUUUCCUCCAUUUAUCUUCAACCAUUGAAGCUCUUGAAGGUGGUGUGGCUUAUUUAAGCUCCUCUCCCCGGCGCUUCCGAGAUACAAACCCUGGAAAUACAAUCCGAUCAAGAUCAGUCUUCUUUCGAAAUAAUUGAGAAAAAUCGGGAAUCUCAACUGCUUCCAUGGACGUCUUUCAGAAUGGAAAUGUUAGGAAUCUUGAUCAACUAUGCACUGUAGCUGAGAUUGAAGAAUGUGAUUUCUCCAAGCUAGAUGAGAAACCCAGGCCUCUGAAUAUAGAGAGGCAGAGUUCCUUUGAUGAUAGGUCUCUCAGCGAAUUAUCUAUUGGAAUAUCUCCUCGAUUGUAUUCCAGGAAUGCCGACAAUUCCUCUCGGAUAACUGACCAUUUUGACAAUUUAUUUUCUCCGGGUAGAAGGUCUAGUUUGAACACCCCUCGUUUUCAACAUUCAUUGGAACCUCAUCCCAUGGUUGCUGAAGCAUGGGAGGCCUUGAGACGAUCUUUGGUGUACUUUCGUGGCCAACCGGUUGGGACUAUUGCUGCCUUGGACCAAUCUGAUGAGGAACUUAACUAUGAUCAGGUGUUUGUAAGAGAUUUUUUCCCAAGUGCCCUGGCCUUUUUGAUGAAUGGCGAACCUCUAAUUGUCAAGAAUUUUAUAUUAAAAACUCUACACCUCCAAUCAUGGGAGAAAAAAGUUGACCGCUUUAAGCUUGGAGAAGGAGUGAUGCCAGCAAGUUUUAAAGUACUUCAUGAUCCUGUUCGGAACUCUGAAACUUUAAUUGCAGAUUUUGGCGAGAGUGCAAUAGGAAGAGUUGCUCCAGUUGAUUCUGGGUUUUGGUGGAUUAUAUUGCUCCGUGCAUACACAAAGUCAACAGGAGACUCUUCCUUGGCUGAUAUGCCUGAAUGCCAAAAGGGUAUGCGCCUUAUUCUGAGUUUAUGUCUUUCAGAGGGAUUUGAUACGUUUCCAACCUUGCUCUGUGCUGAUGGAUGCUGCAUGAUUGACCGUAGAAUGGGUGUUUAUGGUUACCCUAUUGAAAUACAAGCACUUUUCUUCAUGGCUUUACGAUGUGCUCUGCUUUUACUUAAACAAGAUGUUGAGGGCAAGGAAUUCAUAGACAGAAUAGUUAUACGCCUACACGCCUUGAGCUAUCACAUGCGUAGUUAUUUUUGGCUUGAUUUAAAGCAACUUAAUGAUAUUUAUCGGUAUAAAACAGAGGAGUACUCUCACACCGCUCUCAAUAAGUUCAAUGUAAUGCCCGACUCUCUUCCAGAUUGGGUGUUUGAUUUUAUGCCGACAAAUGGUGGUUACUUUAUUGGAAAUGUCAGUCCUGCAAGAAUGGAUUUCCGUUGGUUUUGCUUGGGUAAUUUUAUUGCAAUCUUGUCAUCUCUUGCAACCCCUGAGCAAUCUGCAGCUAUUAUGGAUCUUGUUGAAUCAAGAUGGGAGGAACUGGUUGGAGAAAUGCCAAUAAAAGUUUGUUACCCUGCCCUAGAAAAUCAUGAAUGGCGAGUCGUGACUGGUUAUGAUCCGAAAAAUACCAGGUGGAGUUACCACAAUGGGGGAUCUUGGCCAGUGCUUCUAUGGCUCCUCACAGCUGUAUGCAGUAAAACUGGGCGCCCACAGAUAGCAAGACGUGCCAUUGAACUUGCUGAGAGCCGGUUAUCGAAAGACAGUUGGCCUGAAUAUUAUGAUGGAAAGCUUGGCAGGUAUAUUGGGAAGCAGUCCCGUAAAUUCCAGACUUGGUCCAUUGCAGGUUACUUGGUAGCAAAGAUGAUGCUUGAAGACCCAUCUCACUUGGGCAUGGUUUCUCUUGAGGAAGAUAAACAGAUGAAACCCCUCAUCAAAAGAUCUGCUUCAUGGACUUGCUGACUCUCUUUCUCUCUCCCUCUCUCUCUCAUGAAUAAAUGUAUCUAAUGCUUAACCUCCCAUCUUUGGAUUUUUAGAUUUUGACGAGAAGUCCUUCCAUUGAUCACAAUUAGUGCGAUAUUAUAUUGGGAAAUGACUCAGGAUGCAAGAUUCAAAUACACAAAUGCUGACAGCCUAAAACUGUUGAUCAAAGUGACACUCACUAGGAAAAUAUGACCCAAUCUAUGCAAAUUGAGAUGUCUGAUCUCAUAGACAUUAGAUGAACAUUUAUGUAUGUACGUACAUUUUCCCUUGUUUAGUACUGCUACUAAGGCAAUAUAUUUGUUCUCCCAAA